AUGAAUGCAACGGUCAAAGGCUCUCUUUAUACUUUUCUUUUCAUUUUGGCUACAGAAGUGAUUUAUCAAUUAUAUCUAAAAAGAAAAUCCAAGAAACGCACCAGCAAAAACGAAAGUGAAAGUAAACGAAACAGACUGAGCAGUUCUUCUUUACAAGUAUUAUUUUUUCCUGAUAAACAAGUUGCUUGCAGAGAAUUUUUCAUAAGUGGUAAUGGGUGUUUCAAAGACAAUUGUCGAUUUUCUCAUGAUAAAACAUCUUUGAGUGAAUUAUGUCAAAGUAUGGCAAGAUGUAAAAAUAGCAUGGAUGUCUGCAUUUAUGUUUUCACAUGCAAAGAGUUAGCAGAAACAUUGCUCCUGCUUUUCAAACGAGGUGUUAAGCUCAGAAUAAUUACAGAUCAAGAUCAGCUUAAUGCUACAGGAUCCCAAAUUUGGACACUGCGCAAAGAAGGUAUUCCAGUGAGAAUGAAUCAAUCCACUUAUUUGAUGCAUCACAAGUUUGUAAUUGUAGAUGAGAAAAUAUUAAUUAACGGCUCAUUUAAUUGGACUUAUGCUGCAAUUACUGGUAAUCAUGAGAAUCUCAUUAUUACUGAUGACAGUGUUGUAACAUCACUAUUUAGUCAAGAAUUUCAAAGACUUUGGGAGAAAUUUGAUCCACUAAUCAGUCUAAGUUAGACAGUUUCAGAAUAUCAAGUAUGUGAAGUUUGAUAUAUUGUGAAGAGCUGUUUAUUUGUAGGCCUAGAGUGCUUUAAAAAUAUUUUCACUUUUUGUUUCAACACAGCAGUUCCUUUUUGAUGCUGUAAUUAUUAUUAUUAUUAUUUAAAAAUUAUCUACCACCAAAUGAACAUUUGUAAUUUUGAACAAUUUUCAAUUUAAUUAUAUAACUAUUUAGAUGAAUCAUGGACCUUUUCUAUGGGUCAAUCUUUUGGGAAUGUGACAAUCGAUAUACUAUGAAAAUAAUUUUAAAAUAAUUUUUUUUUGAAAUGUUUACAAGAGGAACAAGACAUUUUUAUGUUUGUUAAUAUCUUAUAUCGACAAAGCCUGUGCUUUUAAGCUUUUUGUAAGAUGUCAACCAUCCCAAAUUUUGAAUGUGACAUUACAUGCAGAGCAUUUUAGCUUAUUUAACUUUCUAUUGUUUAUUAUCUGUUGCCUAGUAUUAAAUUUUUAUAAUAAAUUUAUAGUCAGGGGACUAUUUAUAAUAGUCACCAGCCUAACUUGUAUCUAAUGUAUACAUAUAUGUAAAAUAAAAACAAGU